GCCGCCACUUUUGGAUAUUCGACUUGCCCAAUACGCUGAAUAUGUUGACCAAGCGUGUCGUGCUGCUGGCCCUCGUGGCGCUCGUGCUUGGAACCGCCCCGGCCGUUCAGGCCGACGAUAAGGAGUGCGAAGUGUGUGUCAAGGUGAUCGACGACCUGAAGACAACGUAUGCUCAGCUGCAGGAGGAGAACCCCAAGGGCAAGUCCCAGGCGCUGGCUGAGAAGGCUGUCACCAAGCACUGUGGCAAGAAACUCAGCACCAAGGACAACAAGCUGUGCUACAACUUGGAGCCGUUGAAGAAGGACGUAGCUCGCCAGGUUUCGUUCAAGAAGGACACACUCAAGAUCUGCAAGUCACUUGAGAAGAAAAACCCCGACUUCUGCUCCAUGCGAUACCCCGUCAAGACGGAUGCCAACACAGACUACUCAAAGAUGCGCGUGAAGCAGCUGCGGAAGAUCCUGGCGGAGCGCGGCGUCGAGUGCGUCGGCUGCGUUGAGAAAUCCGAUUUCAUCGCCAAGAUUAAGGACACCGAGUCGUUGCACACGGAACUGUAGACAACUGAGGCACAGCGCGUGAAGUUGGCCGUCGCUGCAUGAACAGCUCGCGUUCCUGGCGCGUCUUGCCUAUUGAUUCAAUAAAAGCCAUCAAACUACAACACCAACCGAUCGCCAAUGCACCGAUAUAUCUCUUUGAACCGAAAACAAAUUGUAUAAGAAGC